UCAAAACUAACGACCGCUUUAAAGUUAAGGAAAUUUUGAAAAUAUUCCAGUGAGUAACUAACAUACUCACCUUCGUAAAUUGCGCCGAUAAAUUCACGUAAAUCUCUUACCUGGCUUCAAGAUUAACGUUUAGGUCCUUUGUAGCGAUCCUGAAACCUAGGAAGCAUUAAAACUGCCAGCUUUUCCUUCCAGCGGUGGGUUUGUAUACAAGGUACAUUUCUACGUUCCUCAUCUGUGUCGAGCGUGACGGCCACAUACUUCGAAGUUCUUUGUAUUACUGACCAUUGUUUUCCUCGAAGUCUGUUUAAUCAUGUAGAGUCUUCUUGAAAGGUUUGUAGAAGCACUCUUUUGGACAACUCUCGGCACACAUACAUGUAUGAAGAGUGAACGGUGAUCCCGGGAUCCAAGGAAGGAUUGAUAAAUCCUAUGGCCAUUUUGUGUUUACAAGAGGUGUUUUAGUUCCUUGGAUCCCCGGAUCGUCAUUCCAUCUUUUAGGAGUUUGGGUGAUUUUCCGUCAUUCCGUCUUUAAGGAAUUUGGGUGAUUUUCUGUCAUUCCGUCUUUUAGGAUUUCGGGGGAUUUUCCCUCAUUCUGUGUUUUAGGAUUUCGGGGGAUUUUCCGCCGUUCUGCCGUUCCGCGAUUCCAUCUUUUAGGAUUUGGAGUUACUUUCCGCCGUUCUGCCGUUCCGCGAUUCCUUCUUUAAGGAUUUGGGGUCAUCUUCCGUCGUUCCGUGAUUCCUCCAUUCCGUCGUUCCAUCAUUCCGACUUUUAGGAUCUCCUGCAGUGAUAUGCAUAAUGACCCAGUCGAUUCAAAAUAAGACAGCACAAAUAUUGAUGGGUUUAACAUGUAUUAUAAUCGUGGAUUAUAAUUGAAUACUCGCGGAUAUCUUGCGAGUUACGAAGAAUACGAGCAAAAUGACUGCGCGGAUUAUACGUUAGGCUACGAAUAGUCCCUCUUUCGCUUAGCCCGUCGAGCGAGACCGUAAAUGAACCGCCAGGAAAAAUGGCUGCGUGAAAUAUAUAUUAUAUAUUUGUGUCCUCCCUAUUUUGAAUCAUCAGGGUUAUUAUGCAUAUCAAAUGAUUUCUAUUUUGUGUUAAAAGUAAGAUAGAUAUGAAGAUGUAUUCUGUGAUAAAGUUACUAAGCGGUAUCCCGGGAUCCAGUCCUAGGUCAAGAUACUGUAUUUGUAGACUUCAUUUGUGAAUGGGAAGCAAGCCGUUGUUGUUGCGUGUUGUUGUGACAGCUUCGCCCAUUCGUUUUAAGAGAUCUUAGCUGAUAUUCAGGCUUCCCUUUACGGCGGAAACCCUGUUCACGAAACCCAGGCUAGAUAACUAUAUUUUCUAUUUCUCUAUAAAAUUCAUCUCUUAGAAUGAAGUAUUUAAUGCCAUAUUUAAGAAAGAAACUGAAAAAAUCUCGACUUGAAAGACCACCAAAAUAAGCACAAAAACAUUCAACCAUCUAAAGUAUGUUCUAAACUAGUCAUGUACACAAUAUCGCCGAGGGCAAUAUUCAAUUUCACAUGUUUUGAACACAGCUAGUUUUUCGUUUGACUCCUCCGUUCAUUUCCACACGAUUUGUGAGGAACUCUUUGAAAGAGAUCAGAACAGGUUGUCCGUCAGUUGGUCAAGAAAACAUUCAUUUCACUUCAUGAUUUGCAAGGCGAUCGACCUUUUCUUCACAUGGAACUUCGAAUUCUUCGUGAGUGUCUGUUGCUGUUGGCCGGCCUGAUUGUUGGUCUCCAUGUUGCAUUGUUUCUGAAGCAGAAUCAAUGCCAUUUAACCUAUAAAAAGAAUUUCCGACCAGGGAAAAUGACAAACGAAGAGCAGUUUAAUAACAGUAAGUUCAUCUUUGUUGGUGUCAUGACAGCUGAGACAUUUCUGCAAACUCGAGCUCAAGCAGUGUUUGAUACAUGGGGCAGGAAUGUUGCUGGAAAACUAACAUUUUUUUCAAGUCAGACUCAUCAAAAGUCCAAGCUACCAGUGAUCAGUCUACCCGACGUGGAUGACUCGUAUCCACCGCUCAAGAAGUCGUUGAUGAUGAUCAAGUACAUACACGACCACCACAUCGACGACUACGAAUGGUUCAUGCGAGCGGACGACGAUGUUUACAUCCGCAAUGACAAAUUGGUACGUUUAUUACAUUCAUUAAACAGUUCCGAUGAUAUCUACCUGGGGCAAGCGGGAACAGGAGCAAAGAAAGAAAGAGGAAUGCUUAACCUGUUGCCUGGAGAUAACUACUGUAUGGGAGGGCCGGGUGUAGUAUUCAGUCGAAGUGUUUUGAAAAAGGUUACUCCGCAUAUUGAACAUUGUCUUCUAAAAGCACCGAAAUCACACAUGCAUGAAGACACUGAGCUUGGUCGGUGUAUACAACGCUAUGUUGGAAUUUCCUGCACUUGGGCCUAUGAGAUGCAGAAACUUUUCCUUCACGACUACAAUGGGAAUGGAAAAAUCUUUUUGGGUAAGCUAAACACUAAGAAUAUUAAUGAUGCCAUUACACUUCACCCUGUUAAAGAUCCCGCCUACAUGUACCGUCUACACGUGCACUUUAACAACGAACGCAUUCAAGAUCUUCAACAGCAAGGAGUAAACCUGCAACGCGUUUUACGGAACAUGGAUCGAUUGCUACAAACGAGAAACGAGGACAAACGAGGCCCUCAAGAUGCAAGAGAUUUUCAUCAUCAGUUGGCCAUAAAUAACAUUGAAAAAUGGGAAAUGUUUACUUCCAAAUCAUUUUACCCUGACUUGAGCUUAAAAGCGCCCGUUACCAAGAUCCGUGGCGCACUGAAAAUUGAAGUCAACAAUAUGCUGGAGAAAACAAAGGAAGUUAUAAACGAAGAGGUCAGGAAGAAUCGACAUCUUGGAAAGUUGAAGGACCAGGAAAUAAAUUUUGGUUAUAGGCGUUUUCAUCCCCUAUAUGGCAUACAACAUAUCGUACAACUCACAGUCAUUGGUACAAAGAAACAUCGCCACAAAAAAACAGGUGAAACGAAAACUAUUCACAUUUCAUACGAGAGAAGCUUCUAUGCCCAACAGCCUUUUGCAAAUUUGAGAUAUACCACUGAGCCCCGUGCAGGGAUGCCCCCUUAUGUACACUUCAUCGUCCCCUUAGAAGGUCGUCUGGAAACGUUCCGUCGUUUCAUGGCAAAUUUUGAAUUGGUCUGCCUCAAAGUACUUCAGAGAGUCAAGCUGGUAGUCGCAUAUUCUUCCUCUGUGUCUUCUCCUCAUGAACACAAAGGUAUCAUGAAGAAAUACCAAGAGAAAUAUCCCGAAGCAGAACUUAUUUGGCUUGAUGUUGCGGGUAACUUUUCCCGCGGAAUAGCUCUUUCUCUCGCAGCAAAUAAAUUUGAUCAAGCAGCCUUGCUAUUCUUGUGUGAUGUUGACUUGAUCUUUAACUCGGAAUUUAUUGAUCGCUGCAGAUUGAACACUGCGCUUGGUAAGCGAGCUUACUUUCCAAUAAUUUUUACUCAGUUUGAUCCUGAACUAACAUACAGCAACAAAACCAAACCCGAUUCGCACUUUACUAUUAACAAAGAUGCAGGAAUUUGGAGGUCAUUCUCGUACGGACCCGCAUGCAUUUAUCAUCAAGAUAUGGAUGCUGUUGGAGGCUUUGACACAAGCAUUAGAGGCUGGGGAUUGGAAGACGUGGAUCUUUUUGAGAAGUUUGUAGAUCAUCCAGAGAUUGAGGUGUUUCGCGCAGCUGAUCCCGGUGUAAUACAUGUUUAUCAUAAAAUAAAUUGCGAUCCAAAUCUUCCCGUUAUACAAUACACUCAGUGUCAAGGCUCUAAAGCCUCCAUACUGGCCUCUCAAAAAUCAUUAGUCAGAGCUCUGCUUUCCACUCAAAACGCAUACGAAUGAACUUUGUUAACAGUAAUGUACCCCAUGUAAGUAUUUGUUCGCUAUGAGCACUGUGGGUGAGUGGAACAGUUUACCAAGAUCCGAAGCUGAGGCAGAAAACUCGAAACAGUUCAAGAAUAUUAGUUGACUUAAUCGCUUUCUUAAUGUGCUUUAGUUUUGCAACCACGUUAUCUAACGAAGUUGAGUAUAUUGUAGAGUUAUAUCUUUUACAUAUAGCUUUGCUAUUUGACCCUUUAUUUUUAUUAAUCCUUUUUCUUUUUAGGGAAACAGUUUAUAACAUCCACCUCCUGUUUUCCUUUUCAAGAUAUACUUUUUAAUUUGAAAGUUCUUUAACAUCUUGUAUAAAUGUUACGUUACGCUAAACGAAAGGCUUAGAAAAUAGACAGACGUGAUAUUUUGUAACGUUUUCCUAGUCACACAAGUGUGCUAAUUGGUGAUUCCUUGUUUAAAUGGGAGUUGCCGACCUGAGGAGGCGAAAUAGAUUAGUUUGAAGAAGAGAUAGAUUCAGUUUCCACUGAGAAGGUACAGUCGACGCUCUCCUUGAGGACACCUCUUCAAUAAUUAAGGACAGCUCCUUAUAAAAACUCUCUAAAAAUAUGGUCAUUCUCUAAUACGGACAACGAACACUAACUCUCAGCAACAGAAAGGAAAUAAUCCAUAUGAGCGUAACCUCUUUAUUACAGACAAACCAAUGAUAACUUGAUCAAUACAA